CGCAGAGGGGGCGGCGGCGGCGGGGCGGGCCGCGGCGGGCAGUCGGGCGGCGGCGGCGGCGGCGAUGCGGCGGCCCCGCUGAGCCCGCCAGCUCCGGGCGCCGGGGGCCGGCCGCGCGAGGCGGCCGGGGCCGGGCGGCAGCAUGCGGGGCGGCGAGGAGCUGGACGGCUUCGAGGGCGAGGCCUCGAGCACCUCCAUGAUCUCGGGCGCCAGCAGCCCGUACCAGCCCACCACCGAGCCGGUGAGCCAGCGCCGCGGGCUGGCCGGCCUGCGCUGCGACCCCGACUACCUGCGUGGCGCGCUCGGCUGCCUCAAGGUCGCCCAAGUGAUUUUGGCCCUGAUUGCGUUCAUCUGCAUAGAGACCAUCAUGGAGUGCUCCCCGUGUGAAGGCCUCUACUUUUUUGAAUUUGUGAGCUGUAGUGCAUUUGUGGUGACUGGAGUCUUGCUGAUUCUGUUCAGUCUCAACCUUCACAUGAGGAUCCCCCAGAUCAACUGGAACCUGACAGAUUUGGUCAACACUGGACUCAGCACUUUCUUUUUCUUUAUUGCUUCGAUUGUACUGGCUGCUUUAAACCAUAAAACCGGUGCAGAAAUUGCUGCGGUGAUAUUUGGCUUCUUGGCAACUGCCGUGUAUGCGGUGAACACAUUCCUGGCAGUGCAGAAAUGGAGAGUCAGCAUCCGCCAGCAGAGCGCCAAUGACUAUAUCCGAGCCCGCACGGAGUCCAGAGACGUGGACGGUCGCCCUGAGAUCCAGCGCCUGGACACGUGAGGACCUGCCAGAGUCCUCCUCCCUUUCGUCCUUGUGCCCAUCCUUUCAAUCAAGUUUUCUUUCGCUUGUCACGUCAGAUUUUCAUGUGAUUAAGUUGAAUUUUGUCCUCUUUGGUAAAAGUUCAUUUUGGGAAAGGGUUUUCAGAGUGGCCCUGUUGGCGGGUAUGUGGAGUGGGGAGCCCCCACACCCAGCUGUUCAGACAGGUGGGUGGGAGAGGCCUAUGGAUUCUCCAGCGUGUGGUGGCCCUGGGCACAGCUGGCCUCACUGGCUGCCGUGUCCACUUUGAGUCUUCACUGUCCCUGAGCACAGGCUUCACAUCUGACUCUGAGCCACCCUGUCAAAUAUAUUUGUGACACAUCAAGACUUUGGAUAAAUGGGGGCUGCUAGGAGGGAGAAAAUCAAAGGAAUGAAGGUACAGAGUUGAAACAGUCAGUCAGCAGCGAUUCCUGGGCCACCCCCAUAGCGUGCUCCAGGUCAGCGUUCAGUCUCGCUGUCAGGAUCCUCCCCUGCGCCUCGUCUUCCAUGCCCGGGGCACCGAGACAGCCAGCACAAGCCCAGAAAGCCAGGUGUGACACCCUCUUGGUGAGGGUGUGCUGGCGGAGCUCUUUGCUGAGUCUGGACUUUACGGGGAUGGGACAAGCUGGUGUCCUCUGUCAUUUCCUACCCUGCUGAGAAAUCACUUGAUUCUUCCUCAAAUGAGUCACCUCCCUGAAUCCCAGAUUCUCCUCCAGGAAUAUGGGGCCCAUCUUGUUUUUCUAGUAUCCUACCUACCCUUAAUACUUUGAGGCUGAAUUGCAGAUUUUCUGUAAUUUUACCGUCUCAGGUAAAAGCCACGAAAGAAAAACAAUCCGUUCCACCAGCCAGAACACUUGCUCAUUUGCUGGCUUCAUGGACCACAGGUGGGGACACGCCUCUCUUUUAGGGAGGUGUGCUAAUUUUCAGAUGCCUGAGAAGAGUUCUAAAGUGAUUCUGAGUAGAUUUGUAUAGGAUUUGAAAAUACUUGAAUUUGCACCACGCCGCAUCCUUUCACUGGUGUUUCGGAAGGCACUAAUUGUCGCUUUUGUGCCUCAGGGUCAUAACUAUGAACAUCGAUCUUGGAAGCUGUUGGGAAAAAUUCUGGUUAUGUAAGGUUUUGAAUUGAUUCUUGAUAAAGUGAAGAUUAUUGUGGUGAAUGAGUUAAAUGAACCCCUAUGAUGCUAUAGUUU